UUCGCAUAUCAACACAUAAUCAAAACAGUAAGUCAGCACGCUGUCUGAAUUAUCAGCGUAAAGCAGGUUAUAACAUUAAGUAACUUUCUUAUUUUUUUAAAUAAACCUUGAUGUUGAAUCACGUUAAAAGCAACAAAAUGGAUGUGGAAAUACAAGUGGCCGUACAAUUUAUUAUAUCCUUUUUGGUUGGAAAAUUUUCAGAAGAGGAGUUAAGCGAAUUCGUGGAACAACUUUGUAUCUUAUUAUCCAAAAAGUUUAAAGGACAUUGGUACCCUGAAAAACCAUCCAAAGGUAGUGCUUACCGUUGUUUGUCCAUAGAAAGACAGUUAGAUACUCUUCUUAUUCACGCUGCACAGAAGUCACAACUAUCUUCUGAAGAUUUAUUUGCUUACCUUCCAAAAAAGCUAGACUUAUGGAUUGAUCCAACAGAAGUUUCCUACAGAAUUGGUGAACACGGCCAUGUGAUUAUGAUCUACAAGGAGGGAGACGACUGUGUUAAUUCAACUUCUGAAUACCUUGCCAAAGUAUUAAACCAACUUCCAACCGUGACACCUAAAGAGCCAGUUAAUAACGUUAACCAGUCUAAGCAUUAUAACGUACGGACAUCUACUGUUACUAGUGCUCCAUUAAUCAAUGCACCACAAGUGAAUAUGUCUACAAGAAGAAUGGAGAAUCACCUGUCUCCAUCCGCAAAAUCUUUUGUUUCCAGGUCAAAUAAACCCCUAAACUUCCCUUUUCUGAAUAACCGACCCUUUCCCCAAGCAAUGAAUCCUUUGCUAAACCUUGAUUAUCUUCAAAAAUUACAGUGGCCUUUGUUAGCAACCGGGAGAUUUGAUCCAAUUGCUGCUCAGUUGCUUCAAAAUUAUCUAAUUAUGCAAGAGCUUCAAAGGUUUGAGACUAGAAGAUUGGCGCUACAAUCACACUAUUUAAAAAUGCAAAACUUGCGUUGGCCAAAAAAAUCACACCAUAAUCACAACCGACAACAAAGUAGUAGUGGAAAUGCACCUACUGCAAGAACAAGUGGUGUUCAGAUUCCAGUGUAAAGAGUGUUGUUAAAAAACCUUGGCUUUUAAUCAUUACAUGGAUGUAAAAUUGAUUCUUGAUUGUUUGGUGAUAUACUUUUAUUAAAGUAAAAUGAAAUGACACAGCCUUUACAGGAGCUUAGUCUGCUAUAAAAUUUACAUAACAUUGUGUAUUAUGUGUUAUUAUAGAGUUUUAUUAUUUGAGAAGUUGCUGUUUCUAUAUUUCUGAAGAAUUUAUAAAUUUUUUUGUGAUUGCUGUUGACAACAUAUUAUCAGGUAAAAAGUGUGCUGAGACUAAAAUAAUUGUCCUAAAGCUGCAAUUGGUUUGAAACUUGAAAAACUUUCCUUAAAAAAGUUGAGAUUGAUUCUACAUUUCAGUGGUUAAUCGCCCCCACCAACAGAAUUCAUAGCAGAGAAAUUUCAAUUCGCCAAAAAACUUUCAUAUAAAUUUUCCUUAAUUAGUGUUUUGUUCUUGUUAAUGAGUUGAUUCUUACAUUAUUAGAUAUUAUUAAUAUUGGUAUUUAUAUAUUAAAAUGUUUUGACUUUGUUUGUAAAGAAAAACUAGAGUUAACUAAACUUAAGUUUUAUUCUGUAUUUUUUUUUAAACUUUUUAAUAGUUAUUAUUUUUAUGUGUUCUAGUCAUAAAAAGAUCCGAUUUUUGUGAUCAGAAAACGUGUAGCUGUUGCAGUAAGACAAACAAUUAGUGAUAUUUUUAAAGAGAAAGAUUCAUUUUUUUUUCUAAAAAAGAUUGUAUGUUAAUCUGUUACAAUAUUUAGUUUUGUAACAUAAAACGAAAUCUUAUUAUUAGUUCAGUGCAACAUGUGUGCAAAUACUGUGGUAAAACAUUUUAACUAAAAUAACAUGCUUUGAAAUAACUGACUUGUUAACCUGGCAUUACCAGGACUUCAGACAUUACAUGUUUUUAUAUAGGAAUGGAUGCUCGAUAUUUUUCUGCGUCUUUAUUAAUUUCUUUUUUGCAAUGAAAAAAAUAAAUAUUUUGAGAGCUGUUACUUUUAAUUUAUAAAACUAGUAUUUAUUUGUGUUUCAUUAAUAUUGUAUUUCUUCAUUUACCUUGUAUAUAGUAUAAACAACGACUUUUCUGGUUAAUAUGACAUAUUUGACAGUAUAAUUAUAUAAUGUUUAUUUUGUUGAUGAUGCUAACCUGUCCAUAGUGACUUAAAUCUAUAUAGUCCAUAGUGACUUAAAUCGACAGAACAAUUGACUUAAAUUUUCUUUUUUCUCGUAACAGAAAGGAACAUAUACAGAAAACAAAUUUGACAACAAAAUAUGACAAGUGUUUUUUUUUAAGUUAAAGGAUUGGUGUGUACUUCAAUGCGACAAUAAAUACAAGCUUCUAAGCCUGACGAGUUUGGGUAUUUAUUUUGAGCUGACUUUGUUUUAUUAGAGGGACGAAAUAUAUAAUAUAUAUGUAUAUAUAAUUUUGAUUUCGAAUGGUUGAUUUCUUAUUUUUAGCAUUUGCGAGGAUUUAAGUUAUUUGUAUAACGUAUUAUUUUAACAUUUUUAUCUAAUUCCCAGAA